CGGCGCCCUUCAGCUCUCCUUCUCACCUCCCAAAUCUCAACAAUGUGCUGGGAGAUCUGGUAUCAUUACACGUGCGGCCAUAUCAAAUCAGGUGAAGCGUUUCAGGAACGCUACGAGCAUUGCGACGACUGGACUGCAGGACAAGAAGAGGAAAGCUGUCCUAACUUUGACCCAAACCAAGAGCACGAGUCUCGAGACGAAGAUCGAAAGUGCCCAGAGUGCCAGUACAUGACUCCGCCAAGUUCGGCCGAGCCGUCAUCUGAAGAAGACGGAGGAGAAGAAGAAGAAGAAGAAGCAAGUUAGAGAUCUCGAAAUGACACCCGACACGGAAUCCCAACAAUCGCCUAGUCAAGCCAACCCACCGAAAGGAGAUGGCAUGGUUCCAGAUGCGGCUAUUCGCAUUGCUGUACGGAGUCAAUCACACCGAAUCCCCGGAGAGCGUGGCGAGCGAGUGAAAACAAUGGGGAACCUCAUCUGCCAGCAUCAUUGGCAUCGUGAUAUGGAUAGCAAUGUGGACUGCAUCACAUUACUGGGCUGUCCAACCGGGGAUGGUGAAAAGGUUUCCUUCUUAUUAGACACCGGCAACUUGGCCCCAGGUCAAAAGGAGGAGGACAUCCCUAUUCGCAUUUAUCGUUGGAAUGGUCGGAAAUGGACAGAGCAAACCGGCAACAUGAAGCUCCAAGAAUAUAUCCGAAGCAACUUCCCAUUCAAGGGCAAAAAAGCUGUCCCGUCUCAGAGGCGUGGCAAAACACUGACGGAACUUCGUGCUGAGAUGGGUGAUGAGAAGUGGGAUGUGUUUAUGAACGAGACUGUUUCCCAGAAAAUGAGGGCUAUGGCUUACCUCUCGGAGACGGAAAGAAAGUGGGUUGCGGGUCACCUUCCCGAAUUCGGCGGCAUUAUGCAACAACAAAUCGCACGCAUGAAGUACAAGAAACUACCACUCUUGGCGCAUCAAAAAAUGUGGGAGGAUGAGCAUACGGAUAAGUCCCAAACUGUCAGCUUGACAUUAGCGGAGAAGGUUUUGGAGAUAUACCUUAGCGAGACCCCGACUGCUAGAAGGCUCAAGGCUUUAGCUUCGGGUUGAGGUGCAUUUGUAUGUCUAGCUCUGCUUGCUUUCCGGUUUAGUUGUUGGCUUCUUUAUACCCAAUUACCAGGCUUGUCUCUAAAGAGUCGACAUUCUAAUCCGAAAAGCGAGGGAGAAACGGGCUAGCGAGGGUAUCUUCCUCCGACACAAGCUCCAGAGGGGCCUACUU